AUGGCGGAAAUCAGCGAAUUGCGGAUGAAUGUUGCGGCGUUGAAACGUGUGGAUCCAUAUGUCAAAGAAAUUUUGGGUACUGCGACACACGUCGCUUUAUACACAUUUAAUGCGGAAGCCAAUGAAUGGGAACGAACUGAUGUUGAAGGUGCAUUGUUUGUGUAUAGCCGUAACGGUGAACCCUUCCACGGUAUACUCAUCAUGAACAGACUCAAUACCCACAAUUUAGUAGAGCCAGUUGUUCAAGGCCUCGAAAUGCAGUUGCAAGAGCCAUUCUUGCUUUAUCGAAAUACGAGAUGUCGAAUAUUCGGUAUUUGGUUUUAUGAUAAAGAUCAGUGCACACGAAUUGCAACGAUGCUUGACAAGUUGGUUAAAGAUUUGGACAUCCAGAAAAAGAUGCCAGAUAAGACAACUGUGCGAAAUAAAAGUGUUACCAGUGGUCCGGCAGGUGUAGAUAUAUUCAGUAUGUUAAAUAAGGCCCAAGAAGAUUAUAAUUCUAACAAAGUUCCCGAUAAAAUUAAGUCUGUAACAGAAGUUAAACCUGCACCUCAUGAAGAUGUGCCAUCUAAAAGUGUGAUGGACUUUUUUGCAAAAGCCACUAGCAAUGUUUCUCAUUUUAAUGUACAUAAUGCUCCUCAUCCUCCAGGCAUAAACUUGGGACAUUCUCAAAGAACUGCUUUGGUUCAAGAAGUUGGUGACAAUCGCUUGAAGCCUUUGUUACAGAGAUUGAUGUCGAAUCCAGCUCAUAGUGUUGAGCAUAUCGAAAAACAGCAAAGAUCUGCUACUCCACGUUCUGAUAAUGCUAAUGAUGGAAAAGAAAUGAAAAGGGAAAUUAAGAUCUUGAAUGGCAAUGGUUUUAAAGUACGACCACUUACUUUACCUGGAAGUUCCAGUGCAGAGAGAGUUGGUGGUACAGAACCAGUUGAAGUGCUGCAACCAAAAUCUUAUGCUGAGCAGGCACCAAAUACAAGUACUGUAGAAAAUAGUAUGAACUUUCUUCGAAUAGCUUCUCCGAGUUCAAAUGCUACAUCUCUUGCACCAUUCUUUGGCCCAGUUGUUCAGCCAACAGCAAGUAAUGGUAUUGGUUGUGACACCACUCCAGAUCAGAGAUCAUCAUCAGCUCCUGCUUAUAAUACAGAGGCAUCAUCAAAACUGGCUUUGAUGCCACCUACAAUGUUUACAUCUUCUGUAUCAAAGGAAACCAAUAAUAUUGAUGUGGCAAGUAACUCCGCAAAAAGUGAAUUAUCUGUACCUUUAAUGCCUACGUCUAGUUUAGGUUCUGAUGAUGGUAGCUGUCAGAUUAGGCCAGAACCACUCACAAAGAAGCAACUUCUUCAAGCAUUUAAUUACCUUAUCAAAAAUGAUGCAGACUUUAUGACUAAAUUACAUGAAGCUUAUGUUAAAUCAUUUGCUGAUAUUGUUCAUUCAUAA